CUCGAGCAACCACAAGAAGCAGAGGCCGAGAGACAAGAACUUGCAAUGGCCUCCUCAAGCAUCCCAACAGUUGAUCUCUCUCCUUUUUUCAACGAGGAAGGCGAUGAGCAUGGGAGAAGGAAGGCAAUAGAGACCAUAGCCAAAGCUUGCUCCGACUAUGGCUUCUUCCAAAUCAUGAACCAUGGCAUGCCCACUGAUAUGAUGAAUACAGCCCUCCAACUCUCCAAGACAUUCUUUCAAUACCCACCUGAAGAGAAGCUCAAGUCAAGUCCAGGAUCAGGCGCUCCGCUUCCUGCAGGCUACAGCAAGCAACCCGAUCACUCGCCCGACAAGAAUGAGUACUUGCUGGUGUUCCCACCAGGGUCAAGCUUCAAUGUCUACCCUGAAAAUCCACCUGAACUCAGGAGUGUGAUUGAAGAAGUCUUCUCACACUUGGUUAGAAUUGGUUCUCUUUUGGAAAGCAUCAUAAAUGAUUGCUUGGGGCUCCCUCCAAAUUUCCUAAAAGAGUACAAUCAUGACCGGAGCUGGGAUUUCAUCGCCGCGUUGCGCUAUUUCCCUGCCACAGAGAGAGAGACAAACGGGAUCACGGAGCAUGAAGAUGGGAACUGCAUCACCUUCGUGUUCCAGGAUGAAGUCGGAGGCCUUGAAGUUCGCAAGGACGGGGAGUGGAUCCCCGUUGUUCCCGCGGAAGGCAAAAUUGUGGUCAAUAUAGCUGAUGUCAUUCAGGUGUUGAGCAACAAAAAGUUCAAGAGUGCCACUCACAGAGUCGUGAGAUCGAAAGGAAGAAGCCGUUACUCAUUUGCCUUCUUCUAUAACUUGCACGGAGACAAAUGGGUGAAGCCGCUGCCACAGUUCACUACAGAGAUCGGGGAGUCACCCAAGUACAGAGGGUUCCUAUACAAGGAGUACCAGCAGCUGAGGAUGAGGAACAAGACUCAUCCGCCUUCUAGACCAGAAGAUGUGAUCCAUAUUACUCAUUAUGCCAUUGAAACUUAGCACGGAUGAAAAUUUUCACAACUGGAAUGUCUUAAUCAAGUAGUUCUUGCGUACUAUCUUUCAAGAUUUGCAAAUGGUGCGAACUAAGUAAGAGUUGUGAUCAAGAUACUUCUUUGCUUCA